UCCGGCCGCUCUGCAUCCCGGCGGAAAGGCAUGCAGGAGGAGAAGGAACGCGGGAAGGAACGGAGUGAGGAGGGGAGUUGCCCCCUCUGCGCAGGCGGGGCUCCGGCUCCGGCAGCUGAGCUUGGGAGUUGUCUGAGAAGUGAUUUUUUUUUUUUUUUUUUUUUUUUUUUUAAACUUCAGAGUCGAAUGGCUGGCAGAGAAGCAUAACCCGCCUCCACUCUCCGGAUUUGUGCUUGGUUCUUCUCUUGCAUCUUGGGACUUGUGAUCAUCAUGCUGUGAUGUGUGCCCAGAGAGGAAUUGAUUACCUACACAACCUGGAUCUCACCGCAUUUGGACAUGACUGAGCCUCUUCGAUGGGCCGGAUAUCACUGGCAGCGGCUGACUGGCGGUGCAAACAGGGACGAUCAUGAGAGGCCAUACAGCUAUUCCUCUUUGCUUGCCCGCAGGGGCAAGUCCCCCCAGACCCCCACACUGGCAGCAAAGCACCGGCUUGUUGUUCCCCACCUCCAGCCCUUCAAGGACGAGUAUGAAAAGUUUUCUGGAACCUACGUGAAUAACAGAAUACGGACAACGAAGUACACGCUUUUGAAUUUUGUGCCAAGAAAUUUAUUUGAACAAUUUCACAGAGUCGCCAAUUUAUAUUUCCUGUUUCUAGUUGUCCUGAACUGGGUGCCUUUGGUAGAAGCCUUCCAAAAGGAAAUUACGAUGCUGCCUCUGGUGGCUGUCCUUACAAUUAUUGCAAUUAAAGAUGGCUUGGAAGAUUACCGAAAAUACAAACUUGACAAGCAGAUCAACAACUUAGUAACUAAAGUUUACAGUAGGAAAGAGAAAAAAUAUGUCGACAGAUGCUGGAAAGAUGUUACCGUUGGGGACUUUAUUCGCCUUUCCUGUAACGAGGUCAUUCCUGCAGAUAUGGUUUUACUCUUUUCCACUGAUCCAGAUGGAAUCUGUCACAUUGAGACUUCUGGUCUUGAUGGAGAGAGCAAUUUAAAACAGAGGCAGGUGGUUCGGGGAUGCACAGAGCAGGACUCUGAAGUUGAUCCUGAGAAAUUCUCCAGUAGGAUAGAAUGUGAAAGUCCAAACAAUGACCUCAACAGAUUCCGAGGCUUCCUAGAACAUUCCAACAAAGAACGUGUGGGUCUCAGUAAAGAGAAUUUAUUACUUAGAGGAUGCACCAUUAGAAACACAGAGGCUGUCAUGGGCAUUGUGGUUUAUGCAGGCCAUGAAACCAAAGCAAUGCUGAACAACAGUGGACCAAGGUAUAAACGCAGCAACUUAGAAAGAAGAGCAAAUACAGAUGUCCUCUGCUGUGUCCUACUGUUGGUUAUAAUGUCUUUAACUGGUGCAUUGGGUCAUGGAAUCUGGUUGAGCAGAUAUGAAAACAUACCCUUUUUUAACAUCCCUGAGCCUGAUGGACAUGUCAUAUCACCAGUGUUGGGAGGAUUCUAUAUGUUUUGGACCAUGAUCAUUUUGUUACAGGUCUUGAUUCCCAUUUCUCUCUAUGUUUCCAUUGAAAUUGUGAAGCUUGGACAAAUAUAUUUUAUUCAAAGCGAUGUGGAUUUCUACAAUGAGAAAAUGGAUUCUACUGUUCAGUGCCGAGCCCUGAACAUAACUGAGGAUCUUGGACAGAUUCAGUACCUCUUUUCUGAUAAAACAGGAACCCUGACUGAGAAUAAGAUGGUUUUUCGAAGAUGUAGUGUGGCAGGCUUUGAUUACUGCCAUGAAGAAAAUGCCAAGAGGUUAGAGUCCUAUCAGGAAGCUGCCUCUGAAGAUGAAGAUUCUCCUGACACCCCCAGUGGCUCCCUCAGCAACAUGGCGAAACCAAGGGCCCCCAGCUGCAGGAUGGUUCGCAAUGGACCCUUAGGAAGUACAUCCUCAAAUCAUCUUACUGGGAGCUGUUUUGCUCUAGGAAGUGGAGAAGGAGCCAGCGAAGUGCCUCAUUCCAGACAGGCUGCUUUCAGUAGCCCCAUUGAAACAGAUGUGGUACCAGACACCAGGCUUUUGGACAAAUUUAGUCAGAUUACACCUCAGCUUUUUACCCCACUGGAUGAGACUAUCCCAGAUCCACCACUGGAGACUCUGUACAUCAUCGACUUCUUUAUUGCUUUGGCAAUUUGCAACACAGUAGUGGUUUCUGCUCCUAACCAACCACGGCAAAAGAUUGGUCUCUCUUCUCUGCAUGGAAUGCCCAUUAAGUCUUUGGAAGAGAUUAAAAGCCUCUUCCAGAGACUGUCUGUCCGAAGAUCAAGUUCACCAUCUCUUGCCAGUGGGAAAGAGCCAUCCUCUGGGGUCCCAAAUGCCUUUGUGAGCAGACUCUCUCUCUUUAGUCGAAUGAAACCAGCUUCACCUGUGGAGGAAGAGAUGUCCCAGACAAGCAAGAGUCCCCAGGGCUCUGGUAACUCAGCUUGUCCCAUAGAACCUGAGAAACAAGACGGCAAUGUGGGUGUCACAAACGGCAAGGUGGAAUCCCUCCCUGAUCAGCCCUUGGCCUCCAGCCUGUGUUAUGAGGCUGAGAGCCCGGAUGAAGCGGCCUUAGUAUAUGCCGCCCGGGCUUACCAGUGCACUCUGCAAUCCCGGACCCCAGAGCAGGUCAUGGUGGACUUUGCUGCUUUGGGACCAUUAACAUUUCAACUCUUACACAUCCUGCCCUUUGACUCAGUAAGAAAAAGAAUGUCCGUUGUGGUCCGGCACCCCAUUUCCAACCAAGUCGUGGUGUAUACAAAGGGCGCUGAUUCUGUGAUCAUGGAGUUGCUCUCAGUGGCUUCCCCAGAUGGACCGGGUCUGGAAAAACAACAGACGAUGUUAAGGGAGAAAACCCAGCAGCACCUGGAUGCCUACACCAAGCGAGGCCUGCGCACUCUGUGUGUAGCAAAGAGGGUCAUGAGUGACACUGAAUAUGCAGAGUGGCUGAGAAAUCAUUUUUUAGCUGAAACCAGCAUUGACAACAGGGAAGAAUUACUACUUGAAUCUGCCAUGAGGUUGGAGAACAAACUAACUUUACUUGGUGCUACUGGCAUUGAAGACCGUCUGCAGGAGGGGGUCCCCGAGUCUAUAGAGGCCCUUCACAAAGCCGGAAUCAAGAUCUGGAUGCUGACAGGAGACAAACAGGAGACAGCUGUCAAUAUUGCUUAUGCGUGCAAACUACUGGAGCCAGAUGACAAGCUUUUCAUCCUCAAUACUGAAAGUAAAAAUGCCUGUGAGAUGCUGAUGGACACAAUCUUGAAAGAACUUCAGAAGAAAAAUCCAGCUUCUCCAGAGCAAGCAUCAAGUGAGGCUUUACACCAGCCUCCCGCGCCCCCAGACUCAGGGCUGCGAGCUGGACUCAUUAUCAAUGGGAAGACCCUGGAGUUUGCACUGCAGGAGAGUCUGCAAAGGCAGUUCCUGGAGCUGGCUGCUCGCUGCCACGCUGUGGUCUGCUGCCGAGCCACACCCCUGCAGAAGAGCGAAGUAGUAAAACUGGUUCGAAGCCAUCUCCGGGUGAUGACUUUGGCCAUCGGUGAUGGUGCCAAUGACGUUAGCAUGAUACAAGUGGCAGACGUUGGGAUUGGGAUCUCAGGUCAAGAAGGCAUGCAGGCUGUGAUGGCCAGUGACUUUGCCAUUUCUCAGUUUAAACAUCUCAGCAAGCUACUCCUUGUCCACGGGCACUGGUGUUAUACCCGACUUUCCAACAUGAUUCUCUAUUUUUUCUACAAGAACGUGGCCUAUGUGAACCUCCUUUUCUGGUACCAGUUCUUUUGUGGGUUUUCAGGAACAUCCAUGACUGACUACUGGGUCUUGAUCUUCUUCAACCUCCUUUUCACAUCCGCCCCUCCCGUCAUUUACGGUGUCCUGGAGAAAGAUGUGUCUGCAGAGACCCUCAUGCGACUGCCUGAGCUUUACAGGAACGGCCAGAAGUCAGAGGCAUACUUACCACUCACCUUCUGGAUCACCUUGCUGGAUGCCUUUUAUCAAAGCCUGGUCUGCUUCUUUGUGCCUUACUAUACCUACCAGGGCUCAGACAUUGACAUCUUUACAUUUGGAAACCCCCUGAACACAGCUGCUCUGUUCAUCAUUCUCCUCCAUCUGGUAAUUGAAAGCAAGAGUUUGACUUGGAUCCACAUGCUGGUCAUCGUUGGGAGCAUCUUGUCUUAUUUUUUCUUUGCCUUGGUUUUUGGAGCCAUGUGUGUAACUUGCAACCCACCAUCCAACCCCUAUUGGAUUAUGCAGGAGCACAUGCUGGAUCCAGUGUUCUACUUAGUUUGUGUUCUCACAACCUGUGUUGCUCUUCUGCCCAGGUUUAUAUACAGAGUUCUUCAGGGAUCCCUGUUCCCAUCUCCAGUUCUGAGGGCAAAACACUUUGACAGACUGCCUGCAGAGGAGAGGACUGAAGCUCUCAAGAAGUGGAAAGGGGCUGGAAAGAUGGAUCAGUUGACAUCUAAGUAUUCUGACCACUCAGCUGUUAAGUCAGAGAGAAUACCCAUUUCUGACCCUUCUGCUGUCUUUGCAGUGAUGUCGGCAACUUCUUGUGCUGCUGAGCAAGGAAAUUUAUCUGUAUGUGAAACUGCUUUAGACUCAGACUACUCUGAAAAUAAGGCCUCAGGGAUGGCUGGACCCUCAAAGGAUUAAAAAAGCAGAAUACCCUCCUUGGAGUUGCAAGUAGUCCUUCAAGUUUGGAAGAGCGCCUUUGAAGAGGCUCCUCUACCAAACCAGCAUGACUUGGAUUUUUCCUUAAGGGGACAAGAACAUUUUACUGGGCUUGGAGAAGCCAAUGUGAUGACCUUUACUGUAUGUUUGUAGACAUUUGUGAAGGAGGUUAGAGUUUGACCUGAACAGAGUUUAAAGAAGUGAAAUAUUUAAUUCAGAAUCAAAUGCUUUUAGGAAACUUUUUGGAUUUUGUAAAAGCAUUUUAAUUGUUCUAGAAAUGCAGAUAUUUUCGAGGGAAUUCAUUUGAGACAUAUAUUUAUUUUACUAUCUGCUCAUUUCAGUGUUCUCCUGAGGUGGAAGGCUUCACUGGUAACGGGCAGCAGGGAUGCCAGGGUUCCAUGGAGAUGUGUUCUUCUCUCUGCUUCCUGUCAACAGAAGACUUUUUAUGAGGUGUAACUCUGUGCAGAUGUUUUCAGUUGGGAAACAGAGGCCAUAGGUAAGGAAUACAAAAUCAGCUGAGUCUAGGGGCCCUUUGUCAAUUUCCCGUAUUCUAAAACUGACAAUUGCCUAAUCAAAAUGAGACAAUCAAUUUCAGAACAGUCUUCAGGAGAUCAUUUGAGGGUUUAUAGUCUUUACAGUACCCUACAACUUUUCUGCUGUUGCCACCUCUAAAAAUGAGAUAUUAUGGAACUGACAGUAAUACAGGUGGUUCUCAGGAGGAUUCCAUGAGGUUCUUAGAUUUGUUUUUUUAAUACAUUUUAGGACAAGAAUGUCUAUAUAAAGUUAAUUGCUGUUGCAAAUCAUGUAUGCUGGUUUUAGUUGGAACAAAGAAACUAGUUUCUACCAAAACUGCCAGGUAUUAUUUUAAGAUUAUAUAUUCUUGUUGAGUUCUUUUAAAAGUCUAUAUCUGUCCUUCUGAAAAUUGUCGGCCACCCGGAAUUUCCUUCAUGAAAUUUCCAUGCUAAUGUUCCAUGUCUAUAUGAAGCUCUUCUUAAUGACUAUUCAAGUAUUAUGCUCAGGGCUUAAUCUUCUACCUGCUACCUACUGUCCUGGUCUGACAUUUUUUGUAGCCUUCUGAUGUUAUUGCAAAUGGUCUUUUAUACAGACUGGUUUCUAGAAUAUUCAAAAUCCCAUAUGGCUAA